ACUCAGACCGUCACCACGGUCUUACCUUGAAUGACGCCAUUCCUCCGCCUAUCCUCGAGACCAAAUAUCAACAAUGUCAGGUGACUGACCUUAGGGGUUGGCUAUAUAACAUCCAGGUGCUUCAAGUCCCUGAGGAUUGCAGUGGUUUUUCUCCUCAUUUAAAUAUUUCGACGUGUCGUCGGAACGCAUGUCGGUGAGUAUUUCUUUAUUUUUCUCUGUUUGUUUUCAGGCAUUUAUUGAUGGUUCUCAGGUCAGCUGUUCGCAGCAGACGAGAGUUUUCUUUUCCAUUUACUGCGUGUGCGCACGUAGAAUGAUGGAUAUAUAAUUUUCUAAGGAGUUCUGUUCGCAGACGUAUUCUGAAUGAUGAGUAUGAAGAGUGAUUCGUCACAAUCUUUAUAUUAAAUUGUACCUGGUUAAUUGUGUUUAACUAAUACCAGACAUAUAUUUUUUGUGGAUUAAGGAAGUGUUCAAUUUGAUUAUGAUCUAGUGAUUCGUCACAGUCUAUUUGUUAAUGGCAUUUUUGCUUGUUUUUUUCAAUUAAAUGCUGAGUUAUUUUGGAGUCUCGCAGUUCAACUUCCAGAAUUAGUUAAAUACUGUGAUUCAUUACAGUUUAUUUCCCUUUUCAUGCACUAUCAUUAUAUGAGUGACCUGACCUCGGACUUGUUGUCAUGAGUCACUCAAGGUGUCGUUUUUGCCAAACUAGCAUACACCCAAGAGAUGGGCAUCGCGAAUGUCCCUCCUGUUUGGGUAUGCAACAUGUACUAGAUGAUAUUGAGGAUCCCUGUGCAGCUGCGUUGGAGCUAUCUUUGCGGGAAAGAGUGCAAAGAGCUAAACUGUUAACUGGUGGUAAUAAAGAAAUUAUUCCCAGUAGUUCCUCUCAUAAACGUAAGAGGCCAGAUGCAGGUCCUGACAUGCCUCCAGAUAAAAUAAAGAAAGCCACAGUAGUCCGAGAUCCCAAGGAUGACACUCAGUUGCAAAUCUUAGCAGCAUUGCGUGACUUAGCUGGUAAGCUUGAAACACGUAAUUCUUCAGUAAACACACAGCCAUCUGCACUCCGGGCUGGGGAUGAGUUGACAUCACGUCAGAAAGAGGGGGAUGAUUAUACGGAUGCCGUCUCACUGCAUGCAAAUAACUCCCUUUAUGGUAGUGAGGAGAAUGCAGAUGAAAACGAGGGAGAGGAAUCCAGGUCUGAGGUUUCAGAAGGAAGCCUGCAUUCUGAUGUUCUUUCGCGCAUUUUAAGUGCAGCAAGGAUCCUGGGCCUUAAUGCACAGGAAGAAGCUACAGCUCCAGCCCCCACACAAGGUGUAUGGGCGAGUAUUUCCCCUGCACAGCCUACUGUGUCAAUCCCUGUAGCUGAGGAUUAUUCCCAGAUGUUGAGGAAAGCCUGGAAUAAUCCAAAAGCGGCACCCCAGUUUAAUGCAGGAUGUAGACGGUUUGUUAAGUUGGAUUAUCCCGCUGAGAGUGGUAUGGGGAACAUGCCAUCAGUGGAGCGAGAGAUCGCAGCCUUAACCGCUUUGGGACCUGAUAAGGUUACUGACAAUCCUCGUUGUCCCGGUAAGGAGUGCCAAAAGACAGACCGGUUAAUGAGCCAGGCAUAUAAUGCAGCUACUCGGGCAGCCCGUUCAGGAAAUGCUCUAGCAAUAGUUUUGGCUGCGUUAAGAAAGGUUGUUAAUAAGGAAGAGCGUGAUGUGAUGAGCUUGAUUGACACAGCACUCAUCACACACUCACAGCUUACCAGGGACAUAGGGGCAUCUAUGUCGUCUGCAAUUUUAGCCAGAAGACAAAUCUGGUUGGCUCAAACAUCUUUACCUGACGCAAUCAGGAAGGAUUUGACUAAUAUGCCAGUGGUUCCAGGACGGAUAUUUCACACUGAUGCACAGGCUUUGCUGGAUAAUGCUGAUCAGGCAAGACGCAGAAGGGAGUCAGUUCAGCAAACAUUUGCUGGCCCUACCAAAUGUGGCCAUAGGGCUGCUCAUUCUUUUCAGCCCCCACACUUUCCUCGUUCAGAAACUUGGGGGUAUGACAGAAGACGAUCUAGGGGUUACCAGUCCCAUGAUCGAGGAACCAGACCUUUUUAUCAGGCUCCCCAGACCGACCAGGCCCAUAAUCCAGUCAGGGGAGGACCACUUAAGAGGCAUCCUUCCAGGGGUUUCAAACCCCGGGGAGGCCAGGCAUAG